AUGUCAACUCCAACACCUGGAAAAGGCACUGCGCCUGGAAACACUGUCGCAACUCCACCAUUAACAGCAGCAUAUCUUGCUCCAAGUAAUCAAGUUCACUCGGCUCUUACUCCUCGUGGUUCACAAGCCAUCGCGCCUUCACCCCAGCAACUCAAGAAAUCACCCAUAACAUCUCAGAUUGCAUAUGGACAUGGAGCUGCAGGCUCUUUUGGUACUGGGUAUGACAGUCCAAGCGCAGCCACAGCCUUAGGCUCUAUUGCUGGUCUUGGAGAUUUAGGGCUUGAUGUGUUAGGUGGUGUAUCAGGCUUGAGACGAGAUGACGAGGAAGACCGUAGAAGAAAGCUAGAAAUGGUAUCCGAAAUCUUGAAAGCUAAUAAAGGUAGAGUUAGUGAACCAGGAAUCGAAAGACUGGCGCGUCGAGUAGGAUUUGAGUGUCUAUGGGAAUCACACACUACCAGCGGAAGCAACAGGCGGACACUCAUUAUAGCGGGAUCAACUCUUGCUCUAGACAUUGAUUUUGAAAAUAAUGUUGUCAAAAAAGUAUCGAUAACCUUCCCCGAUAGCCCAGAGAUUGUAACAAGGCAUACAGAUAUAGCAAGUGAUUUGCUACUGAAAGAUCUGACAAUCCAGGUGAAUGAGAAUCCUCUAACGAAAAUGCUGAACCGCUUCGCAGAAAAUCUAGAACGGCUAGCAGCGCUAGAUAAAAUGAGUGCUCUUCCAGAUUUGAAUUGUCACGAGGCUAUCGCCGGUAUGUUUGAAAGUCUAAAUAGACUCUACCGCUGGGAAAUGGAUUAUUAUAGUAAGAUAGAAGAAGAUGGAAAUAUCGAAAAACUUAUAAUGUGUGCUAAGAGUGGAAGACCGGCUAUGCACAUAAGAGAGCGAGUUGGCUUAAGUCUAGAUUACUGGCAAGAUCUAUGGAGGCUUAAGUCAAAUCCUCAAGAAAAUGUAUGGUCAAUUCUUAUCGAAUGCGAUACAAUAUUAGACCUAGUUUAUACUCCAAUACGUGUUUCGGAGAACUGGAUAUCUACGGAGGUUGAGAAAAAAAAUGCUCAUGAUCAAGAUGAAAUGAUGACAACUAAGCUGGAACCAAUACUUGACUGGCUGGAGCCCGAAAGUACACUGUUACCUUCAACAAAUGCUGACUCUAUAAGUGAGUUAGGGGUCCAAAGGGGUCAGAAAUUUCCUGAUGCAAUGUUUGUCGCCAAAUUUUACCCCCCUCUCACAGUACCCAGCAGUCUUGCCAUUCAAAUUUACGACUCUGUACAAGCAACACUCGAUAUUUACCAAACUACAACAUACGAUAGGCUAAUUUUUCCACCUAAAAUUGAUGAAAAAAUCAGCCUCGAUUCUAGAAGUAUUUAUUGUGAUGUUCAGGUUCCAACAUAUCCCAAACCGGGCCAAAAAAAACUCAAGGAUUACAAGUUUAGCUUGCACUUCGAAAAGAUAGACUAUGGUCGAACUUUGAAAGAGCUACCAUUUUCUCAUCCAAGGCAGUUGGUUCAAAUGCUACCUGUACUACGUCAAUACGCAGUAAUGUCAAGAAUACUUCAAAAUACAUCUGGCAUAUCCAGUUCGAAUUUCAAUUCAUCCUCUAGUUUUACUGAAACUAAGCAAAAAAGUAAGCGAGAGGAGUUUGAAUACUUGAUGACAGAUAAAUCCGACCGUUGUGAGCCUCUACGAGUAGAUGUUUUGGUCUAUACAGUGCCUUUUCCUCGAUUAAGAGUUCUUUUUCCUUCUAAGAAAAAAGUAAUUGAUGUACUUUUUGAAAUUAAACUGAACGGAUCUAUCGAGGUAAUGUCUCAGAAUAUACUAAUAGAUGACGUCGCCGAGAGUCCUCCAGGAAAGAAGACUUUAACUGAAGCUGACCUUGGUCGAAUUCUUUCUGUUUCUGAAAACUUAGGUAUUUGGAUUGAGUUUGUAAGAAAAUAUCUGAAAUAA